UCUGGAUUAACUCUCCCCAGGAAAAGCGUCGGAGCUCGGCCACAUAGCGCACAACUUCCCCCGUCUCCUCGACAAUAACACCGGGUGGGGGAGGCUGUGGAUCGAGUUCGGAUGGUUCGGUUCCCCGUCCUGCCUCGCUGCUGGUGCUGGUGCUGCUGCUAGUGCUGCUGUCGGUGCUGGUUCUACUCGGGGAUGAAAGUUCGGAGCUGCCGGGUUUAGCAGAGAAGAGGCAGCGGGAUGGAAAAGCAAAGAACCAGGAAAGAAAAGUUCUCUCUGUUUGGUUCUCGCUCCACCAGCAGAACCACCAACCCUCCCUCUUCCUCCUCCUCCUCUUCCUCCCCUGUGAUCCCGUCAGCCCCGGCGGUGAAGAGGGCGGACCGCCCGCCCUGCUCCGGCGCCCCGGGCCUGAGCAAGGCCGAGUUCCUGGAGCGCGUCCGCCGCAGUAACCAGGCGUGCCAGCAGGGGGAGUACGCCCUCGCCGUGCAUCUCUACAGCGAGGCGCUCGCCGCCGACCCCCAGAACUGCAUCCUGUACAGCAACCGCUCGGCGGCGUACCUCAGACUGGGCCAGUACAGCACGGCUCUGGACGACGCAAUCAAAGCCCGUGUCAUCAACCCCAAAUGGCCCAAGGCCUACUUUCGUCAGGGUGUCGCCCUGCAGUAUCUGGGCCGACAUGCCGACGCCCUGGCAGCGUUCGCCUCCGGCCUCGCCCAGGACCCCAAGAGUCUCCAGCUGCUCGUCGGCAUGGUGGAGGCGGCCAUGAAGUCUCCACUCAGAGACACUCUUGAGCCGACGUACCAGCAGCUGCAGAAGAUGAAGCUGGACAAGAGCCCGUUCGUGGUCGUGUCCGUCAUCGGGCAGGAACUGCUGACGCACGGUUUCCACGGCGCCUCCGUGGUGGUCCUGGAGGCCGGGCUGAAGAUCGGCACGUGCUCCCUGAAGCUGCGUGGAUCCGUGUUCUCGGCGCUGAGCUCGGCGUACUGGUCUUUAGGUAACGCGGAGAAGAGCAUGGCCUACAUGCAGCAGGACCUGGAGGUGACCAAGACUUUAGGUGACCAGUCGGGUGAAUGCCGGGCUCAUGGGAACCUCGGCUCGGCGCUCUUCUCCAAGUGCAGCUACAGAGAAGCUCUGGCCAAUCACAGGAACCAACUGGUGCUGGCCAUGAAGCUGAAGGACAGAGAGGCUGCGUCCGACGCCCUCAGCAGUCUGGGUCACGUGUACACAGCGAUCGGCGACUACCCCAACGCCCUGGCGAGCCACAAACAGUGCGUGCUGCUGGCCCGACAGACCCAGUGUCGGCUCAGCGAGGCCCGGCAGCUGGGCAACAUGGGCGCCGUGUACACGGCACUGGGAGACUUCACCAACGCUGUUCAGUGUCACGAGCAGCACCUGGACAUCGCAAAGAGUUUGGAGAACCAGCGUGAGGAGGCGCGGGCGUACAGCAACCUGGGCAGCGCCUACCACUCUCAACGGGACUUUGACAAGGCGAUAUCGUAUCACACGCGGGUGCUGGAGCUGGCUCAGGAGCAGGGCGACAGAUCCAUCGAGAUGAGGGCGUACGCCGGGCUGGGCCACGCCGCCCGCUGCAUGCAGGACCUGGACAGGGCCCGUCAGUACCACCAGCACCAGCUGGAAAUUGCCCAGGAGCUGCAGGACCGAGCGGCUCAGGGCCGAGCCUCCUCCAACCUGGGCAUCAUCCACCAGAUGAAGGGAGAGUACGAUGCAGCGCUGAAGCUCCACAAAGCCCACCUGUCCUUCGCCCAGGAGCUGAGUGACUACGCCGCCCUGGGGAGGGCCUACGGCAACAUGGGCAACGCCUAUCACGCCCUGGGCAUCUACGACCAAGCCGUCCGGUACCACCGACAGGAGCUGCAGAUCUCACUGGAGGUGAACGAUCGUCCCUCCCAGGCCUCCACACAUGGUAACCUGGCCGUGGCCUACCAGGCGCUGGGAGCUCACGAUCGAGCUCUACAACACUACCUGCACCACCUGACCAUCGCCCGAGAGCUCCGAGACACUCAGAGCGAAGCGAGAUCACUAGCAAACUUGGGAAACUUCCACAGCUGGAGGGGCGAAUACGCUCAGGCGCUGCCGUACUACCAGCAGUACCUGGCUCUGGCUCCGGGCCUGCAGGACCUGGAGGGAGAAGGAAAGGUUUGCCACAACCUCGGCUACGCUCACUACUGCCUGGGACAGUACAGAGACGCUGUCAGGUAUUAUGAGCAGGACCUGGCCUUGGCGAAGGACCUCCAAGACAAAUUAGCCCAGGCCAAAGCCUACUGUAACCUCGGUCUGGCCCACAAAGCGCUGGGGGAGCACAGCAAAGCAGAGGAGUGUCAGAGAUACCUGCUGUCUCUGGCACAAGCCUUGGAUAACACCCAGGCGGUGUUCCGGGCCUUCGGGAACCUCGGGGACGUCUGUGUGAGUCGGGGAGAUCUUCCCGGAGCCGUGAGGUUCUACCAGCAGCAGUUGUCUUUGGCUCAGAAGGUCAACGACCAGAAGAUGGAGGCUGACGCUUACUCAGCGCUCGGAUCGGCUCACAGGCUGCUCCGUCAGCUGGACACCGCCUUGUCCUUCCACAGCCAAGAACUGACCGUCCGAAAGGACAUCGGCGAUCAGCAGGGGGAGUGCCGCGCCCUCGGACACCUGGCGGCGGUACAUAUGGCGCUGGGAGACUACGCCACAACCUUCCAGUGUUACGAGGCCCAGCUGGGCCUGGCGCAGGGGCUCAGGGACACCCGCCUGGAGGCCCAGGUCCACGGGAACAUGGGCAUCACAAAAAUGAACAUGGGGGUGUUUGAGGAAGCUAUCGGCUACUUUGAGCAGCAGCUGGCGAUGCUGCAGCAGCUGAGUGGGACCGAGAGCAUGCUGGACAGAGGCAGGGCCUACGGAAACCUGGCCGACUGCUACGACGCUCUGGGAGACUACGAGGAGGCGAUUCAGUACUACGAGAAGUACCUGACGAUGGCUCAGAGUCUCAACCACGUCCAGGACCAGGAGAAGGCUUACAGAGGACUCGGCAACGCACACAGGUCUCUGGGAAGUCUCCAGCAGGCGUUGGUGUGCUUCGAGAAGCGCCUGGUGGUGGCGCACGAGCUGGGUGGAGAAGGCGGAGGUAAGGCUCAGGCUUACUGGGAGCUGGGCACCUUACACAGCCAGCUGGGCAACUACGAGCAGUCGCUCUCCUGCCUGGAACACCAGCUUAACAUCGCACGCACAGCAGGGGAUAAAUCCCUGGAGGCGGAGGCGAGCGACGCGCUGGGAGGCGUUUAUCAGCUGAUGGCAGACAACGAGACGGCGCUACAGUGGCACCAGAGGGCUUUGGAUAUAGCCGAGCAGACGGGGUGCGUGAGGAGCCAGGGCCGGGCCUACGGGAACCUGGGGCUGACCUACGAAGCUCUAGGGAACCACGAGCGGGCCGUGGUCUUCCAGGAGCAGCACCUGAGCGUGGCGGCGCAGACCAACGAUCUGAUAGCUAAAACUCUGGCCUACGGGAGCCUGGGGAGGACACACCACGCUCUGCAGAACUACGCACAGGCUGUCAUGUACCUGCAGGAAGGUCUGCGUCUGGCAGAGCAGCUGGGUCGGAGAGAAGACGAGGCGAAGAUACGCCAUCGCCUCGGCCUCUCGCUGUGGGCCAGCGGAAACCUGGAGGAGGCACAACACCAGCUGUACAGAGCGUCCGUGUUGUUCGAGAUGAUUCGCCACGAGACGCAGCACAGUACGGAUUACAAGCUCUCUCUGUUUGAUCUGCAAACCAGCUCGUACCAGGCUCUCCAGAGGGUCCUCGUCAGCCUCGGCCGGCACGACGAGGCGCUGGCCAUCGCAGAGAGAGGGCGAACGCGUGCCUUCGCCGAUCUCCUCGUCGAACGCCAGAAAGGAAGUCAGCAGGCAUCGAGCGCUGACCCUUACAUCCCCGUGACCGUGGAGCACAUGCUGGAGACGGUGAACGGUCAGAGGGCCAUGGUCCUGUACUAUUCUCUGGCUGGAGGCUUUCUGUACAGCUGGCUGAUGUCUCCAGGGACAGGUAUCGUGAAGUUUAACGAGGUGUAUCUGGGAGAGUCUGGGCUGGACACGUCGGAGUUUCAGGAUGGUGGCGGGAGUCCGCAGAGUGGAGGAGGAGGAGGAGGAGGAGGAGGAGGAGGAGGAGUGGGUGGAGGUCCUCUGUCUCUGGAACAGUACAUCUGUAACGCCAGAGAGGCUCUGGGAGUCGACAGCCACUACAGCAGAGUUUGCUCCAGCAGCGAGACGGAGAGCGAGGCCGGGGAUCUGCUGGAGCAACAGUUUGAGGAGCUGAACAACAAACUGACCUCGGCCACCGACCCGACGGGUUACCUCCGCAUGGUGUCCAGAAACAACCUCUUCAACAGAAGCUGUCAGAGCAUGACGAGCCUGUACAGCGCCACCGUGUCUCCGGUGAAGGACAGCUCGUCAUCUCCUCUCUGCAGGCCGAGCAACAUCAGCAAACCUCCUCUACGAGCUCUGUAUGAUUUACUCAUCGCUCCGAUGGAAGGGGGCCUGAUGCACAGCAGCGGACCUGUCGGCAGACACAGACAGCUGGUGCUGGUGUUGGAGGGGGAAUUGUACCUGAUCCCCUUUGCCUUGCUCAAAGGCAGCUCCUCUAAUGAGUAUCUCUAUGAAAGGUUCAGCCUCAUCUCUGUACCUUCAUUAAGCAGCCUGGGAGCCACGAUCAAGCCUCAUCCUCGUCGCGGCGGACCCUUCCACUGCUCAGAUGGAGGUUCAGUAGCCGCAGUGGUUGGUGCUCCUCGCCUGCCCCCCUCUGUGAUGGACCGCUGGCUGUGGGGUCCGUUACCUUCAGCCCAGGAUGAAGCGCUGUGGCUCGGGGAGCAGCUGGGAUGUCAUCCUCUAAUCGGAGCGAACGCCACGAAGGAGCGCGUCCUCGCAGCUCUGAGUCAGGCCGAGUGCGUUCACUUUGCGACCCACAUCUCGUGGAAGCUCGCCGCUCUGAUCCUCGCUCCCGGCCAGGAGCAGGCCGGAGGCGAGGGGGCCGCCGGGCGACCCAGGGAGAAGUCGCCGUGCGGAGCGUCGACCUCGGGCGAGACCGCAGGUCAGGACGGGAAGACGAGGAGUUCGUUUAAGAGUCAGAGCAGCCCGGAGAGACUGAGGAGAGCAGAGGAGAUGAGCGACGACGGAGAGAGUAUGUGUGAGGUGGAGAGUGUGUGCGACAGUCCAUCGCUUCAGGACUUCCUGCUCACUGCUGCUGACAUACUGGACCUGUGCUUGAGCGUCAAACUGGUGGUUCUGAGGUUGUACCCAGAGUCCAGCAACAGGGUGACAUCUGACGGGCUGGUGGGUCUGACCCGGGCCUUCCUGGCUGCGGGGGUCCAGUGUGUGUGUGUGUCUCUGUGGCCUGUACCGAUAGCUGCCUCCAAACUGUUCACACACACCUUCUACACCGCCCUGCUCAACGGCACUAAAGCCAGCGCCGCUCUGACGGAGGCCAUGAAGACGCUGCAGAGCAGCAAGCACUUCUCACACCCGUCCAACUGGGCCGGCUACAUGCUGAUUGGCUGUGACGUGAAGCUGAACAGUCCCAUGUCGCUGGUCGGCCAGGCGCUGGCAGAGAUCCUGCAGUACCCAGAGCGAGCGAGGGACGCCCUCAGAGUGCUGCUGCACCUGGUCGAGAAGUCUCUGCAGCGUAUUCAGAGCGGCCAGUGCAACCCGAUGUACACGUCGCAGCAAAGCGUCGAGAACAAGGUGGGCGGCGUGCCCGGGUGGCAGGCCCUCCUGUCUGCGGUGGGCUUCAGGUUGGACUUCUCUGGCAGCGGCGCCGGUCUCCCUGCGGCGGUGUUCUUCCCCACCUCGGACCCCGGGGAUCGUCUGCAGCAGUGCAGCACCACCCUCCAGUCGCUGCUCGGUCUGACUCCUCCAGCUCUGCAGGCGCUCUGUAAGCUGGUCACAACAUCCGAGGCUGGAGAACAGCUCAUCCACAAGCUUCACCAGGUGCUGGUGCAGCUGCAGUCCAACGACAAAGACCAAGACUUCUCGCUGACGCCCAUCCAGGUGUCGAUAAGCGUGCAGCUCUGGAGGCUUCCGGGCUGUCACGAGUUCCUGGCAGCGCUCGGUUUCGAUCUGUGCGAGGUGGGUCAGGAGGAGGUGGUGCUGAAGACCGGAAAGCAGGCCAGCAGGCGCAUCAUGCAUUUCGCUCUCCAGUCUCUUCUAGCACUCUUUGACUCCACAGAGCUUCCCAAGCGCCUCUCCAUGGACAGCUCCUCGUCCCUGGAGUCCCUGUCGUCCUCCCAGUCGGCGUCCCAGCCUCACUCUCUCCCUCUCUCCUUCGGGUGUUACCCUCCUCAGCCCUCCUUCCUCCCCCCGGUCUGCCCCGACAACCUCUCCUGCGACGCCAUCUCCGUCUACAGCCUCAGCUCCCUCGCCUCCUCCCUCAGCUUCCUGUCUCGACCUGAGCCCGCAGGAAGUGACAUCAUCAGCCAGCGCUCACAUCAGCAGGACCUAGAGAGACCUCGUGGCCUGUACACCUCGCACCGCCAGUCGGGCGGCCUGCAGAGAGGUCGACUGACCAACCACGGGGCAGGAUUGGCAGGAGAGGGGGAGGACGAUGAGUACGAGGGGUACUCCAUCAUCAGCAGUGAGCCUCUGGGGCGAGGGAGGCGGGACUGUGACACGCUGCCGCUACCUGCAGGACACCGUCAGGGCCGAGGCGGCGCUGGGAGAGGGGCAGCCGGCGGUCAUGGGUACCCUGUCACGAUUUCCUCCAAGGGAAGCAUCAGCACACCUACGUCUCCGAUCAAAGCUCCUCCGCCGCUGCCGCCGAAGGUUCCUGCCAGCCCCAAACCCAAACAGGAAGUCUUGUCCCCUCAGAGGACCAGGAAAGGGAAGGUCAGCAGCUCUGAGUCGGACCAGUCGAGUACCGAGACAGACAGCACGGUCAAGUCCCAGGAGGAGAGGACGGUGCCUGCGGGACAACUGGAUCCUCAGGAACUGGCCCAGAAGAUUCUGGAGGAGACCCAGAGCCACAUGCAAGCUGUGGAGAGCAUGCAGAAAGGAAACAUGAGAGGGAAGACGCCGAGGGGCCCCGAGGGGAGAGAAGAGGCCCGGCAGCCCUCGCUGUCGACUCCCUCAACCCCGACUCUGAGCCCCACUGGAGGAGCGAGAGGGUUCCAGCCCUCUGAGACCAGCGCCUUCAGCAGACCGCCCAGCAGAGCCAGUCUCAAGGCCUGCUCCUCCCCUCUGUCCCUCUCCACUCCCCUCUCACCCCUCUCCACCUCUGUUUCUACACCUCCCCCGGUUCGGCCCAAACCACCGUCCCGCUCCUCCUCUCUGCAGAAGAUCAGCUCCGGCUACAACAGCCCGGCUCACUCCUCCCCCUCUCUGUCAGCGAAGGAGCAGUGUUCACCUUUCACCCCAGAUGUUCCCUCGCAGGCUCAGCUCAAACUGAAAUACCCUCCCUCUCCUUACUCCACCCACAUCUCGCCUUCACACUCUCCCGCUAACAGCGCCCCGUCGCCGGCCCUCUCCUACUCCUCCACAGGCUCCCUGUCAGCCUCCUCCAGCCCUGCGAACACCCCCGAACAGAACCCAUCCAGACAGGAUAACAAAGUCCAGGCCAUUCAUCAUUUAAAAACCUUCUGGGCCAACGCAGGCCAGAAACACGAGGUGCCCUGCCCCGCCAGUUUACUACGAGGCGGGAAUAAAAAAAUGAGUACAGUUCAGAAAGAUGUUCUGGGUUUGCUUAAUCUCUCACCGAGACACGAGCCUGCGAGCAAAAACCCGGAGGGAUCCGAGGGGCGCAACACUGGCGACAGACCGAAGAGUCAUAAAAAACUGGAGGCUAAACCGCCUCAGCCUCCGUCUUCUAACGCUCCCACGAACUCUAAAGGAGGCAUCAAGCUGCCCUCCGGGAACGGCUACAAGUUUAUCUCACCGGGGCAUUUUUUCCCGUCGUCUAAAUGUUAAACUGAAAUCUUUUGUUUCAUUCUUUAAGGUAUUUGUACUCUUGACAGAAGCUGUCUGUUUGUCAGCUACCACAUUUGUUUUUUGUUUUUUUUAGCAAAACCUGCUGAAGACAAGAUUUCAUACUGACGGUGAUUUUACGUGUCAUGACUCUUUGUUUUUUGUGAAGGGAUGUAAAAUGAUCUGACUGUGAUGAUUGUGCCUUCUUCUGGAGAGAGCUGGAAGGACAACAAGUGUCGCGUCCCGGGCUUUACUCGUGUGUUUUCAUGACUGACUCGAGAGCAUGUGUCUCCGUGUUACUGUACUCACAGCCUGUCCACUGAAUGCCUGAAGAAAAAGGAGAACGUGUUAAUGCUCGCUAUGUUCGUGUAAGUUGACCUGAAUUUGAUUUACUGUGUAAUUAUUAUUGUUAAACCGUCAUUAUCAAAGCUCCUUGUCAUCUUUUUAUUUUGUAAAGUAAAAACAGUGUUUCCCGGGUUCAUUAGCACACGUUUUUAUAAAGACAGUCAAAACCCGAGGAAGGAGUCGAGGAAAAAAAACAUUUUGAUAUUUUUUACGCAGGUUUGAUUUUCUGUGUGAUUGUUGUCAGCAUGGUACCUCUUGCUGUGUUCGGUGUGUUAGUGACUUUAUAAUGUACAUCUUUUGCAGCGGUGCCAGACUCUUUACAGAUAUCUCUCAAUUCUCAAGAAGUUGACAAAUAAAAACGUCCCUUUCCUGGUCUUGC